CGCUUCGGACCGCACACUCAACAGUCACACUCCGUGCAUUGCUGUGCUUUCCCAUAUUUAGCCAUCCCAGCAGCGCACUCCAAGCGCCAUGGACGACACGGCCGAGCUCACCGAACGCUUCGAGCGCUAUUGCGCCACAAAGGACAACGACGUCCCCUCCGAAAUCCUCAACGAACUGCAGUCCAUCCAGCGCAUAUUCUCAAUCUCUGCCGAAGAGCUCGACUUCAAAUGGCAGGCGUACAAUAUGAAAAUGGGCGGAGAGGAAAAGAUGGACUUGAAGACGGCGAGAGAUUUCAAGAAGGAUCUGCAAGACUCGCUGGAGAAAGAAAGCAGAGGCAAGGUGCAACAGAGGGGCGAUGCGAAGCGAGUGGCACCCACGCCCAGAGCGGCGAAGGGUGGGGACAUGUAUGAUAUGCUGGAUGGCAUGAUUGCUACCCCUCGAGCAGCCCCUCUGGGCAGCGCCGCAAAGCGACGAUCCAACUUCGAUGCCCCCGCCGGUAAAGCGCACAAGAACCAUGAGAUGAGCUCUCCAGCAGGCGGACAGACACCCAGAGGCGAAGUUGGCGACGCAUCUGUCUUCGACUUCUCCUCUCGCAAGAACGCUGGCGACAUCGCCGAACAGUUGAACGGGCACAUCGCCCUAUCCGAUGCUCCGGAAGAACCCCCCUCGGAAACACGCAUCAAGCUAAAGGCCAACACCGACAUGUCCAAAUUCAACUACAAAACCAUGGCCAUGAAGCUCUCCGAAGCCUCCGAAGUGCUCGACGACCGCAUUGACGAGUUCCGCCAAUUGCUGCAAGAACACCUCGAUCUGGAAGAUAGUGCCUUCGGCAACCCCUCAUACCAGUCUCCAAACGAGGUCAUCGCAGUGGGGCGUAUAUGCUCCGACACGAGCGAGGGCAAGCUCAACGCUGCAUCCAUAGUACUAGAGGGCUCUCGGCGAUGGGGUUCAGGACGAAGGGUCCCUCUGACCCUGGACAAACUAACAUCAUACAACUUCUUCCCUGGACAGAUCGUUGCCCUCAGAGGCAUCAACGCGUCGGGCGAGAACUUCGUCGUCUCAGAAGUGCUUUCGUUUCCCCUCCUCACCCAGCCCGCCUCCACCCCGGCAGAACUAGACACCUACAACGCGCGGUACCUCGACACCCCCGAAUCCGACCCUUCCACGGUUCGCCCCCUCACCGUCCUCAUAGCCUCUGGCCCCUACACCACUGACCAGAACCUCGACUUCGCCCCGCUCCACACCUUCCUCGACAACGCCGUCUCCGCCUCCGCCGACACCAUCGUCCUGAUCGGCCCCUUCCUCGAUGCAGAACACCCCCUCAUCCGCUCGGGCGACUUCGAUAUCCCCCCUCACCUCACAUCCCCCGACCAGGCCACCAUGACCGACCUCUUCCGCCACUUCAUCUCCGCGCCCAUCCAGACCUUCACCAGCCGCCUCCCCACCUGCAACGUCAUCCUCGUGCCGUCCCUGCGCGACGCACACCACCACCACGCGGCCUUCCCGCAGGACAAGUUCGCGAAGAAGGAGCUCGGCCUCGGCGCCGCGGGGAGGCACGUUCAAUGCGUCACGAAUCCCAUGACGCUGAGCAUGAACGAGUUCAUCGUGGGCAUGUCGAGCCUGGACGUGCUGCACAUGCUGCAGCGCGAGGAGAUUGCGGGCGGGAAAGCAAGGAGCACGCAUCUCUAUGAGCGGGGUGCGAAGAAUGUGCUUGAGCAGCGCAGUUUUCUGCCGGUUUUUCCGCCGACGGGGAGGGACAAGUUGCUUGCACCGAGUGCGGUGGAGGCGGCCGUGUUCAAGGAGGGUGUUGCGGAUGGUGACACGGAGGAGGGCCCAAGUCCCUUCCUGCCACUGGGCACCAUGGUAGAUACGAGUUAUCUCAAGCUGGGCGAAAUGCUGAAUGUCCGGCCGGAUGUACUCCUCACGCCCAGCGUUUUGCAGGGCUUUGUCAAGGUUGUGGAGAGUGUGCUGGUCAUUAAUCCGGGAACGUUGUGCAAGCGCAGGGCAGCAGGCACGUAUGCGAGGCUAGUAGUUCGGCCUGCGGAUGUGAGUGAGGAGGAGAGGCAGAGGGGGGCUGCGGUUGCGCAUAAGCUGUGGGAAAGGGCGAGGGUGGAUAUUGUAAAGAUCUAA